AUGCACGACGACGCGUCGGCGGAUGGGGACGAGCGGUCCAUCUUCCUGGGCCUCGUCGCGGAGCACGACGAGCGGUCCGAGGACGGCGACGACGUCGUCCACCCGGAGCCGUCCCACGAGCACCACCAGGACAUCUCCCUCUUCCGGCGCCUGCUCCAGGCCGAGGACGACAGCGUGCGCGGCCGCUCCCCGUCGCCGGAGCGGCCGCCGCGCUACGAGACCUACGCGCGGGGCGCCGACGUCGAGGCCGGCGACGCGCCGCCGCCGCCGCCCGCGGCGCGGCCGCGGCGCGCGUCGACGGUCACGUUUUCGCCCGAGAUGACGAGCAGCCCCGCGCCGCCGCGGCCGCCGCCCCUCGACAUCCUGAAGACGCCGACGGCCGCGCGGCCGCGGCCCCGGUCGAGCACGGCGUCGUCGCUGCGGUCGUCCAUCGGCAGCGACUUCGACCACCUCGACGCCGCGGCGCUCGCGGCGCUCAGCCCCUUCAGCGACCUCACGUCGCCGGAGACGAUCAAGCACGAGAUGCACGUCGCCAUCCACAAGCUCAAGCGGAAGCUCGAGGCGGGCCUCGAGCUGCGCCAGGUCAUGCGCGACCCGACGAGCGCGACGGGCCGCGCGGUCGUGCCCGUCAAGGUCUUCCGCGAGCCCGGCGGCUUCUGGUGGCACCAGCCCGCGGAGCAGCGCCGGUUGCUGAAGCGCAUGAGCACGCUGCGCAAGCGGUCGACGAGCGGCGACGCGCGCGGCCGCUUCUCGCGCGGGUCGUCGCUCGGCGCCGCGUUCGCGUCGUUCCGCAAGGGCUCGUCGAGCUCGGACUCGGACUCGGACGGCGACGACGGCGACGACGGCGACGACGGCACGGCGACGAGCGCGUCGUCCCUCGAGUACCCCGGGGGCAUCGACUCGAGCAUCUACGCGGGGGACCGCGCGCACGUCCGGUGGAGUAGCGUCGCGACGCUCUGGCCGGCGCUCUCAAAGGAGAAGCUCGAGGGCCUCGACGAGCGACACGCGAAGCACACCUUCUCCAUGCACCUCGACGACGGCACGGAGCUCGACUUCACCGUGCCGUCGAAGCUCGUCCACCGCGCUUUGGUCGUUGGCUUCGAGUGCGCGCUGCAGCACCUCCGCGCGCGGAAGCGCGCGAGCUCGAGCGUCGACGGCGCGAACGCGCGCGCCUUCGGCGCGCCGCCCGACGACGACGACCUGGACGAGCUCCUGGACAAGGAGGAGGACGCGUCGGGCAAGGUCCACGCGGCGCGCCAGCUCACGUGGACGGAGCGCCUGGGCCUCCACCACCUCCACGCGCUCUACCGCGACGACCACCACCCGAGCCGCCACGGGAAGAUCGAGAAGGGCGCCAAGGUCCACAUCUCCCACGAGGAGUUCCUCGACGACGACCACCCGUACCACAUCGAGUUCCCCGUGCCCCUCAAGCCCGGCGAGCGCAAGCGGCGCUACGUGCGCCUCCAGAUGCCCUGCCCCCUCUUCCGCGCGGGCAUGUACCUCUCGGGCGAGGUGCUCAAGAGCCACAAGUCCAAGGCCGACGACGUCGUCCGCUACACCGUGAAGUACACGGGCGGCCCCUUCUACCACGUCGACGACCGCGACGUCGCCCUGUCGACGGCGUCGCGGCGCCUGAGCCGGAGCCUGCACCGCGCCGCGGCGGGCGCCAAGGGCGCCGCGCGCCGCGCGUCGGGCGUGCUCCACCUGAUGGACCACGGGGGCGCGGAGCGCAAGGAGGAGGCGCCGCGGGACGACGACGACGACGACGACGACGACGACGACGACGACGACGACGACGACGACGACGACGAGGCCGCCGUCUUCAAGCGCCCGCCGGACAUGCCCGAGGGCACGCGCAUCGUCGGCGUGCAGCGCGAGUUCAUGGACGUCGACAUCGCGUUCCAGGCCAACAGCCUCUUCCCCUACUUCACGCUGCUGCUCCUGGCCUUCUACUGGGCCAAGUUCUUAGGCGACCACAUCAACAACAACCUGGAGAUCCACGAGCGCCACGGGUCGCUGCGCCACGCGCUCGAGGCCGUGUCCGACUUCGGCCACGGCUGCGAGCUGCAGGCGAUGGAAUACUCGCGGCUCUUCACGUACCAGGCCGUGCACCUCGGCGUGGAGCACAUCUUCACGAACAGCGCCGUCUUCCUCAUUUUAGGGUCCGUGCUCGAGAUGGUCCACGGGCCCUUCAUCGUGGUCAUGUUCUGGGCGGGCGUCGUCGUCGGCGCGAUGGUCGCGCAGAUCUUCGACACCUACAGCCGCGUCGUCGGCUUCAGCGCGGGCGUCUAUUGUAUCCUGGGCAUCCACUUCGGGAAUCUGGUCAUGAACUUCCACGAGAUGCGGGACGGCAUCCUGAACCGGUGGACGCGGCUCGCGAUCUUCGGCGGCUUCUUCUCCAUCGACAUAUUCUUGUCCAUGAGCUCGAACGUGUCCGUGACGAUCCACUUCGCGGGGUUCCUCAUCGGGUCCCUCAUGAGCUGCGUCUUCAUCCACGAGCUCGUGUCGCACCGCCACGUGAAGGUCAUCAAGUGGCUCGCGCGCGGCGGCCUCGCGCUCGGCUUCUCCAUGACCGUCUUCCGCUACCACUUCUUCAUCGUCGAGGCGGACCCGCCGCGGCCCCUGACCUACCUCGCCCGGGCCCAGACCAAGGACUGCUGCUACCUGCUCCGCCGGUGCCACAUCGACGCGGACUUCUACCCGGCGUUCCAGUGCGAGGACCGCGAUACGGACUACACGUCCCUCUUCCGGGGCACGGGCACCGUGCUCAAGCGCCGCAUCGAGAUCCUCUGGGGCAUCAACGCGACGCUCGCCGCGCGCGACGACGGCGGCGCGUUCUCCGACUGCGAGUACAUCGAGGACUGGCUCCAGCAGGUCUGGCUCUUCUUCAUCGACAGGCGCGACACCUACGAGCAGGUCGACUCGCCCUGCGACGUCACCUUCAAGGACGCGGUCUGGGGGGAGGCGGAGUGGACCUGCGACGACGCCGUCGCCCGCGGCUGGACCUGCGACUGGCUCGCCGACGCGGGCUACGACUGCGCGGGCUGUACGUGCUAA